UUAGAUUAGUAUAUUGAAGAAAGGGAUGAGCCUAUUUAUCACCUUAUUAAGGAUUUAUAUGGCACAUUAAUAGUACGAUUAUUGAGUAAUAUACUGAGUAAUAUUACUAAUAAGUAAAUGCAGCUUUCACAGUUAUAUAGAUAAAUCAAUACAAUGUAAGAUACAUAUACAAUAUGUAUAAUGCUGAAACAAAUGUAUUACGUUUAUCUGUAUAUAAAUAAUAGUUACAUUAACAAUUUGUUCGUUAUCACGACGUGAUCAACUUGAACACAGGAGCAUCGAUAAUCGUUUUGUUAGAAGAUAAUAGACAGGAUGAAGAGAGCGAGAUUACUGCAACGUAAAGAGAAAGAAAAUUAAUAGAACUUCUCAAAAUAGAAAAACGCGCUCAUUCACUAUUAGGCUUCUUCUUCGCCAGGAAUGGUGAUAGGGUAUUAAUAAAAAAUAUAUAAUAUUGGUGCGAGACAUUACCGUGUCUCGAUAGAAUAUAAUAUAUUUAUUUGUGGGUUUUGUAUAAAGUAUUUAAUAUUAAUGACGCGCACGCCGCGCCCCCCACGUCCGCGGUGCCCGGGGGCUAUUGGUUAAUUAGGAUGCAAUAUGUGAAAAUGCGCCAGAAAGAAACAAUUGCCUUACGAUCCGUUGCCGUAACGCCGCAGCUAGAAGACGAAGCGACCAUAUUGAAAGAGAGAGCCAUGGACAAAGGACCUAUCGACGUUGAAAUGGUGGAUUCGCCUAUUUCGCCGAUGUUCCCAUUAACACAGGCGGACCCAUUAAUACAGGCGCCUGUACCACCACCGCUGCCACCGCCGCUACCACCGCAGUUACCACCGCCUGUGUUAAUGGGAACAGCGGCCCCGGUUCGAAUGACACCGGACGGGAAGAUUUUACCGAAACGAUGGAGACGUGCUGGCCGCCAUCCGUGGCGUGGCGGACGUGGAGGGCGCGGCGGACGUGGCGGCCGUGGCGGGCGCGUCGUGAACAUACAAUAUUUUCAUUUUUAAUAUAUUUUUAAUAUUUUAAUAAACAAUAAAUCCAAAUAUAUUAUA